AAAGCUCUCUCUGAAACAAAGCAUAUAGCACAUCUAGAGUUCAAAAGAGAGAUACAAACGAGAGAAUGAGGUCCUCAAACUAUGCUUCAGCUUGGGCCUGUGUUAUGGCCUUAGCCAUGGCCUGCACCACCUUAGCGCAAAACUCCCCCCAGGACUUCGUGGACGCCCACAACACGGCCCGGGCGGCCGUCGGCGUCGGCCCCGUGUCAUGGGACGAUAACGUCACAGCGUACGCGGAGAACUACGCCAACCAGCGCAUCGGCGACUGCCAGCUCGUGCACUCCGACGGGCCUUACGGGGAGAACCUCUUCUGGGGCAGCAGCACGGAAUUCACCGGAAUCGACGCCGUCAACAGCUGGGUCGACGAGAAGCAGUACUACGACCACGACAGCAACUCGUGCGCCGACGGCCAGGUCUGCGGCCACUACACGCAGGUGGUGUGGCAGGACUCGACGACCAUCGGGUGUGCCCUGGUGCAGUGCGACAGCGGCGGCAUCUUUAUCAUCUGCAACUACAACCCAGCGGGCAACAUCGAGGGGCAGAGCCCUUACUGAAACUGCCCCAUCUUACCUUCUUCUUACAUAUAUCUACAAGUUUGCAUGUGAAAUAAGGCCGGAGUACGUCUGCUGUGUUCUGUAAGAACAUGGUGUAUGAGUACGUAUAGGCAAUGUUCCAAAACACGCAUCAGGCUGGAGUAUGUCUGCUGUGUUCUGUAAGAACAUGGUGUAUGAGUACGUAUCGGCAAUGUUCCAAAACACGCAUCAGGCCGGAGUAUGUCUGCUGUGUUCUAUAAGAACAUGGUGUAUGAGUACGUAUCGGCAAUGUUCUUAUGAUUCACGAAUAAAAUUCAUGUCUUCCAAUGA